GGCAGGUGGACACACGGGCAGAGUAUUCUACUUGAUGAGUGUGCCACCUUUUCCAUGCCCCGUGUGCCUUUGUGCCUGUGUAUCGAAACUCAAAAUACCUACAUAUUACGACCUAGGUAUAUCUAUAUUUGUCGUAUGCUGUCCGAAGACCUGCAUGUACCCCCUUUUAAUCCUAGAAAAUCUCAUGCAAGUUGCAUAAGCAAAGUCAUGACGUUAGGGCUCGCUCUAGUAAGGGGACGUCUCAUUUGAUAGAUAUGCCCAUGUGGCGUGCGCCUUCGCCGCUCUCCAUCUUGCCUACUAUGCAGCCUUGCUGCGGUCGUACCCUCAGCCUAGUCGCUCUCCCUUCAGAUCCUCUACCUACAUCAUGCCGCUGUCCUCUGGCCCCUCUACUCCUCCAUCCGCGUUUAUUAUCUAUGUCGGCCGUCUCUCGUUAUGGAUCCGCUGAGUGUCGUGGCCAGCAUCAUCGCGGUUCUCCAGCUCUCGGCCAAAGUCCUCGCGGAUUUGAACCACGUCAAGGAUGCGCCGAAAGACCGCGCACAGUGCGCUAUCGAGACCUCGAAUCUCUACAGCCUGCUUUUCAAUCUCAGGGUUCGGGUUGAGGAGGGAGACUCUCAGAAGCUAUGGUACACCGCCGUCCGAGCCCUUGCAGUCGAGAAUGGGCCGCUCGACCAAUUCAAACAAGCGCUGGAAACGCUGCAAAUUAAGAUGACAGAUGGAGGCCGACUGAAGAAGGCCCGCGAGGCGCUAGUGUGGAAGUUCAAGAAAGAGGAGGUCGCGAGCAUAUUAGAUCGAAUGGAGCGUUUGAAGACACUAGUAGAGAUCGCGUUACAGAUGGACCACUUGUAA